AUGUACCGUGAGCCUUCGUCCACAGAGGCUGCAAAGAACAAUCCUGCCAAAGACCCUUGUGCUGCCGCACGUUCUGCAAUUCGUCGCCAGACCACUAUCCGGCGCCCUUCUCGUUACAGUAGCUCCGCUUUGCGCAGCGCGACUUUGCGCUCGCCGUUUCCCCGUCCACUAGCGGACGAGAUUGAACGUGAAGCGAAUGGGCUCUCGCGCCAUGUACGCUCUCCUAUCCCGAAUUCCGGCUCCGGUGAAGAUCCAUUCGAUCUGACCAAUGGUCUGUCGGAUUCCAGCGCAAGAGAAGCAGGCCAGCGCCUACUCAACGAUGUUCUUCGUCACAGCCGUCCCGGCCAGAGAUUGAGGAUACCGCGUAACACUGUGUUAGACGACAUAUACUUGCGCGCAGCGGCUGGUGACCAUGGGGGUGCUCGACAGGAACAAGAUCACCCGCCUCCCUCCUUCACUCCUCGAUUCGCCCCGGCAAUUGCGUACCACAGGACCGCGUCUCCUCAGGCGCCUCCCGACGUCCGUUUGUCGCCAUUUCCUCGGUCGGAGACCUUGGGUGGAGAUGUCUCGAUUGGUUCGACUAUUCCUCUGUUACGGCGGGUUGGUCAGCGGUCUAUUAAUCAACCAAGCCGCCCAAACUCUCAGACUAUUGUCGACGGCCUCGGAGAUCGCCAACGGAGCAUAAGCCCAGAUGGUGACAAUGCGAACGAUGCUUGGGAAACGCUCUUAACUACCAUCACACCAGACACCAAUCUUCCUAGUGCAGACUCUUCGUUUACAUCGGCGUCUGCGGGCACAAACACUUCAAUGAACGGGACGGCACGAAGCUCGGCAACUUCUUUCGGAACACUGCCAAGUUCCAUGGACUCAACUGCCGCAACUGUGCAAAUGGUUCUCGACCCUUAUCCGGAGUUCCUCAAUCCGUGUGACUAUUCCACUUCAACUGACUCCGAGUCCGAUUCUGAGGCAGAGGCCACCCAGAACUCAUUGUUUCAAUACCACUAUCGCCGAAUACGUGAAAUCAACGCCAGGAGGGAUGCCAGGAGGCGUGCACGUAAUGCACAUUCGACCAUGAGUAGCCAGCCUCCGCUUCCUGCGAUCUCAUUAGCUAUUUCCAACUCUAUAGACCCGGACCUUCAACAUAUGCAAGCUAUUUUGGACCGGCUUGCCCGUCGAGAGGAUGUCCCUGAUGACUUGUGGACAGCAGCUGGACUGUCUCGUACCAUCGGCCACGGGGUCAGUGCAAAUGACGGUACCAACAAUACUGAUGCAGUUGAUGGGCCGUCCAGACAGCAGCAGUGA